AUGACUAUUGCCACCGUGUUCGCCGCCGAUACGGCAGUUUGGGAAAGGUGGGGUGGGAUGAUUCGGUGCUUCGGCCUCUAUCGAUCUCCGGCACGGAUUCGUAUCAGUGAUUUCUUCGAUUUGGUGAAGACGACUCGUGAUCCUCAGAGUGAGCCAGAUCUCUACCUUCCUCGAUGGUUUUCGCUUUUCGGCUUCUACGGAAUUUAA